AUGCAUUCAAUAACUGAAGAAGAUUUGAAAGUAAUUUUUGAUAAUUCAUAUUCAUAUAAAUUAUAUAAUGAGUUCAAUGAAAAUGCGAAUGAUGAAAAUGAAUUAAAAAAAAAUUAUUGUAGCAAGAUAGAUAAUUCUCAAGGUAAAAAUAGUGAGUUAGCUGAUAUAUGUAUUAAGCUUGCAAGAAAUUUAUCCAAAAUUAAUACGAGUAAGAAUCGUAAAGGUUUAUGUUUACAUUUUGUUUACUGGAUAUAUGAUAAAAUAUGGAAACUGACAAGAAAUAAUUCGAAUAAUAAUUUCGACAUUACACUUAUUAAUGAACUUUAUAAUGUAGGAAAAUUUAUAAACAAAAAUUAUAUAUCAUAUCCUUGCCCAUAUUAUUACUGUAAUCAAAAUAUUUUGAAAGAUUGGAACGAAGAAAAAAUGUUGCAUGAUUACAUUAUGAAUUUUGACAAUGUUGUAAGUAAUUAUUGUUCAAAACAAGAGAAUAAAAAAAAUGUAUUUGAAAAUUAUAUUAAUUACAUGAGAACUAUAUACCCGAAACAUAAAAAAGAUUGUUGUCCUUAUAUGGAUAAUAACUGCUCAGAAUAUUUUUCAUGUGAUGAUGUAUAUAAUCCAGAAAAAUUCUUCUCACAACUAGCAUGUAAUGGUGAUAAAGCUCAUGUUAUAACGGAUAGUGAAAAAUAUGAUUGGAUUUAUAGAGGCGAACAUAAAUAUUUUAGAUGUACAGAAAUGGAAGACAAAAAUGAUUUUAAAUAUAGCCUAUGUUCUGAAUUACCAUAUAAUUUAUCUGUUAAUAAUAACGCUCAUGAGAGCCCAAAAAGGGAAAAAGUUUGGUCUUAUAGAGGUUCUCAGAAAGGAAAUAAUAUAUUACUGGAAAAUAAAAAACAGUUAACUACAAAUAAAAAAGUUUGCGAAAUUAAUUUAGGAAAUGAUGAAUCAGGUAAAUGUAUAGAACCAGAUGUGCGUGAAACUGGAGCUAUUGGAUAUCAAGCGGAGAACGCUGAUUCCCAAAAAAUGAUUAGGUUUUUAAGUAGUAUAACAUCUGGUUCUUCAGCUAGUUCAAGGGAAGAAAGUAAUAUCAUGAAUAACACUUUUACUCGAAUAGGUGCCUCAACCCUUUUAGUAGCGGGUGUAUCAUUAAUUUUAUUCCUAUAUUAUAAAUUUACACCCUUUGGGUCAAUGAUGCGCCGAAAAAUUUUAAUGAAAUCAGGGGAUAAGUAUAAUGAUAAGAAGUACCUUGAAGAUUAUGCUAUGGGUGAUGUUAGACCUAAUUUUCAGAAAAAAUUAUCCAACCGUGCACAAAAAAAUACAAAUGUAAAUAAACAAAGGGGACGAACACGUAUAACUUAUCAUCCUACAUAA